CCCGUCCCUCCUCUUUCCUCGGAGGAAACUCUCCGCGGCUGGUCCAUCGCCGUGUCCGGCCCGCGCUGCGCGGCCUGGGAGCCCGCGGACCGGACCGGACGGGGCGGGAGCGCCGGGCCGGUGUGGGCGCCGCGGGCGCGGGGCCGGGCGCGGAGGGAGAGACGGCGCUCAGGGCCGGCUGGCAGGGGAGCAGCCCCCGGAGCAGCAUGGAUGCCCCCCGAAGAGACAUGGAAUUGCUCAGCAAUAGCCUGGCGGCCUACGCUCACAUCCGCGCCAACCCGGAGAGCUUCGGCCUCUACUUCGUGCUGGGCGUCUGCUUCGGGCUGCUGCUCACGCUGUGCCUGCUGGUCCUCACCAUCUCCUGCGCGCCCCGCCCGCGGCCAAGGCCCCCCGCGCGGCGCCGGGACCCGCGGGGCGCCCCGGAGGAGGACGACGACGAGGAGGACGAGGAGGAGGACACGGUGACGCGGCUGGGCCCCGACGACACCCUGCCCGGCCCGGAGCUGUGCGCCGAGCCCGACGGCACCGUGAACGUGAACGUGUUCACGUCGGCGGAGGAGCUGGAGCGCGCGCAGCGGCUGGAGGAGCGGGAGCGCAUCCUGCGGGAGAUCUGGCGCACCGGGCAGCCCGACCUGCUGGGCGCCGGCACGCUGGGGCCCGGGCCCGCGGCCACGGGCACGCUGGGCCGCGUGCACUACUACUGAGCCGCCCGGCCCGGCCACGGGCGCUCUGGUGCUGGAUGUGCACCCGGGCUCACGGCGGACCGGGACCUCCGGCAGCGCUGCCCGCCCGCCCCCCGGCUCCCACGGUGCUACUGGGCGUGAACCCCCACCUCCGGGAGGCGCCCUUCCCCGUCCUGCCUGGAGACCCUGGGGGGAGGGCAGGACACAGGGUCCCCACCCUCGCUCUAGGGGACGGUAGAGCGGUGAAGUGACCAAUGAAAGCUGCAUCUGUUACUCCAGAGU